AUGAGAACAACACCAGGCGCGGCCGGCGUUCAAUUAGCAGACGGAGGAACGGCGCUCGCACACGGCGGCUGCGGCGGCUACGGCUUAAAGAACGGAACAUUCAGAACGCAUUCGUCUCACGGCGCUGACAGACUCAUUCCCUUUCUACAAAUUGUGUGUGCCGAGGCCUGGAGCAGCUACAAGGAGAAGGCGGAGCCGGCUUUAAUCAAAACGCCGGGGCACCUCCUGGCCCCGAUCCCAGAGGGUCCUCGGAGGAGCAGGAGUCUGGGAAGAAGGCGGGAAUGA